AUGUUUUUAGCGGCCGAGGACACGCCUUUGCUCAGAGCAUGGCUUAUGAACAAGCUGCCUGAAGUAUCCGAUACAGAGACGGAUAUCUUGGCAGACUAUGUCUUGGCUCUGCUCGCCUCUCAGGAAGGCGACGCAGCGCACAUACGUGCGGCAUGCGAAAGCGAAUUGCCGCAGUUUCUGAACACGGAUGCCGCACCUGACUUUGUUGACGAGUUGUUUCGCGUCAUCGAGUACAGGUCCUUCCUCCCCGGUGCGCCUCCGCCGCCCGAGAAGCGAUCGCAGUCGAAUCUCUCUAGUCCCGUCGCGUCAUCAGACUUAGCGCUGCAAAGUGGUUCGCGGAAACGUUCAUACCAUGAAAGAGAUGUCGGCGCCUCGGGCGAUCGGGACUUUCCCUUCGGCGAGGAGCGCGCACACAAGCAACCACGUCGAGUACAGUGGGACUCGAGGAUGCCUGGCCUGAGAGGGCGCGGUAGUCCGAACGCCUACCCAAGGCAGCCAUAUGUUUCCGACGGUCUUCAACAGGUACCGCCCGCAACUGCGCCGUACGAUCCCAACUUCCCGCAGCCGCCCGGUAAUUUCCAAGACUGGCGCGGGCUGCCCCAGAUGCCGGUCUAUCCCCAACCAGCACCUUACGGCCCGCCAAUCGGACCGCGAAGAAACAGGCAGAAAUGUCGCGACUUCGCGACCAAGGGCUAUUGUGCUCGCGGUAAUUCUUGCCAGUACGACCACGGCAUCGAGCCUAUCUGGCUCCCGCCCAGCGGUCCCAGCGGGCCUCCCAAGUUCGAGGAUUUUGAUCCCCGGGAUGCGGCAAUGAUGAUGUCGCAGAACUUUCAGCAGAUGCAACAACUCAUGGAGGCCUUCAACGCUGAACAGGAAGGUCGAGACGGCCGUAAGAAUCGACGGGGUGCAAAAGGUAGACGGCGCCAGAACCGAGCCUCAUUCUCGGCAGAUGGCCCUGUCGAUGACAGAUCCAAGACGACCAUCGUCGUCGAGAACAUUCCGGAGGACCACUUUUCGGAAGAGGAAAUCCGCAAGUUCUUCUCGGAGUUUGGCAACAUUGAGCAGGUCACGAUGCAGCCGUACAAGCGGCUUGCAACCGUCAAGUAUGACACAUGGGACGCUGCCAACGCUGCCUACCGGUCUCCUAAGGUCAUAUUCGACAACCGCUUUGUUAGGGUCUUUUGGUUUGUCGAGGAAGCUGAACAGGCUGCAGCACGUGCUGCCAAUGCCUCUGGCGAAGAGGGAGAACCCGAAAUCGACUUGGAGGAGUUCAUGAAAAAGCAAGAAGAGGCUCAGCGACAGCACGAAGAGAAAAUGCGAAAGAAAGUGGAGCUCGACAAGCAACGUCAAGAGUUGGAGCAUCGUCAGCGAGAGCUACUUGCCCAGCACCGAGAAGUCCAGCAGAAGCUCCAGGCAAAGAUGGCAUCCAAGAAUGGUGAUGUAGACAACGCCGAGGAUGGCUCGCUGAACUCGGCGCUUCGGGCGCAGCUCGCGGCACUCGAGGACGAGGCUAAGCUCCUCGGUCUGGACCCGAGCGCGGCGGAUGAGCCAGCAACCACUUGGCAUGGAAGUACCCGUGGCAAUGCCCGCGGCAGAGGCGGCUUUGCUCCGCGCGGACGAGGCUUUGCGCCCAGGGGUAGGGGAUCCUACCGUGGGGGAUUUAGAGGCGAUGUCCACGCUGCCUAUGCGGCAUAUUCGUUGGAUAAUCGUCCCAAGACUGUUUCUGUCACGGGCGUAGACUUUACGUCGUCUGAGAAGGAUGAGGUGCUUCGGCAAUACCUUCUCGGCGUGGGCGAAUUCACCGAUAUCCACACGACCCCUUCCGAGACCGAAGUUACCUUCAAGGACCGCAAGACGGCGGAGAAGUUCUUCUAUGGUCUUUUGAAGAAGGAAAUUCCUGGCAUCGAUGGUCAGCUUGAGUUGUCGUGGGUUUCCAAACCACUGCCUUUAGCCAGCACGACGGAGAAGGCUGCUUUGAAGCGUCAGGGCGCGCCUGAUCAUGAUAUGACCAUGGGCAACGCCGCACCUAACGGGUCUUCGGCGACCACUCUGGACCAGCAGCCUGAGCAACAACAGGAGAUGGACUACGACGUGGCGGACGAUGAUGAUUGGGGAGUCGAAUAG